AUGCCUCUACCAAAGAGCAAGCAAGAUUUACAACGCCUAUUAGGAAUGGUGAACUAUCUUUCACAGUACAUACCAAACAUGUCUGAGAUCACUGCGCCACUGCGUACCCUUCUCAAAAAAGACAUACAAUGGUCCUGGCACAACGAACACCAGAAAGCACUCGAAAGAAUCAAGAAAGUCCUCACAAGCAGCCCAGUUUUGCACUUCUACGACAUCGAUAAGCCUGUUAUCCUCCAAGUUGAUGCGUCACAAGGUGGACUGGGUGCAUGUUUAAUUCAGGAAGGACACCCAGUAAUUUAUGCAUCCCGAUCACUCACCAAUGCUGAGCAGCACUAUGCUCAGAUAGAGCUGCUCGCAAUCGUUUUCGCAUGUGAACGUUUCAACCAAUUCAUUUAUGGGACACAAGUCACAGUACACAGCGACCACAAGCCGUUGGAAGCCAUCAUAGCUAAACCAUUAUCACAAGCACCACCGCGAAUUCAGCGUCUUCUCAUCCGACUACAGAAGUAUCACCCAACAGUGAAAUAUGUUCCCGGGAAAUUCCUGUUUAUCGCCGACACUUUGUCAAGAGCGUACUUACCAGAAGAAGGAGAACAACAGGAACUUAAUGAGGACAUUGAAGUAAUGGUGCACAGCAUGGUUACAGCAAUACCAGCAUCUCCUGAGAAAAUGGCAGAGCUUAAGGAAGAAACAGCGAAUGAUGAAACGCUACAACAACUUAAACAGCAGAUGGUUCAAGGUUGGCCUGAUCGUAAGCAUGAAAUCCCGCAAAACUUAGCUACCUACUGGAACAUUCGCCAUGAACUGAGUGAAGCAGAAG